UUUCGUUUCCCACACGUUUGACAUUUUGCUGCUUCGUGUCGUUGUUCGAUUAGCAAGCGGCAUCGGAAGAAAAUCUCGGUUGAAAUCUUGUAGCAACAUUUUGUCAACCUGUUUGUGACUAGUCUUCAAUUGGUGCCGGUGAUAAGUAAGUAGAAUAAGCUUUGCAAAACGGCUUUGAUUCGUUCACUUUCGAAGCCUCGGGAACCGUACCGGAACACAAGAUGCACACCGUGUUAACGCGAGGGAACGCUAUCCUGGCCUAUUCGCUCAGCGUGCUGGCCUUUCUGACGUUCUGUUGCUUCGCGUCCACCUUUCUCUAUGACUAUCGGACCAAUGCGAAGAUUAACACAGUGAAGGUUUUAGUUAAAAAUGUUCCAGACUUCAGUGCUUCCCGAGAGAAGAAUGACCUUGGUUUUCUGACGUUCGAUCUGAACACUGACCUGAACGGUCUGUUCAACUGGAAUGUGAAGCAGCUGUUCCUGUACCUCACGGCGGAGUACAAGACGGAACAGAACGAAUUGAACCAGGUAGUUCUGUGGGAUAAGAUUAUCCUACGGGGUGAGAACGCCAAUUUGGACUUUAAAAACAUGAACACAAAGUACUACUUUUGGGAUGAUGGCAAUGGAUUAAAGGGCCAUCAUAAUGUGACGCUUACGCUGUCGUGGAAUAUCAUUCCGAAUGCCGGUCUACUGCCGAAUAUAUUUGCUCUUGGGCACCAUUCCUUCAAGUUCCCUGAAUCGUAUAUGGUUUCGCCGGUUUAAUCAGCCCAAUAGGGCUGCAAUUUGCAGCGCCAGCGGCAACUGCGUCGAUGUAGCACAACACGCCGAAAGACAGUAAUUAUCCUUCUAUUUCUCCGUCGAGUUUGAGUUCAAUCGCAUUUUUUGUGUCCGAUUGUCGAGAGUUGUCCCAUUCGUCAGUUUAAACAAGUAAAUAAAAAAUGAUUGAGCUGAGCAUAGUUUUAAGCAGAAGAUUAAACUAGCGAAUAAACACAUUGUCUGAGAAGAA